CAUCUGGUUUUGAAUGCUUAUUUGUUAGUUUAUGUUUCAUAAGUCUCUGUUUUCUAUUGUAUCUUGUAAAACACUCUUUAUUAAAAUUCCAGGGUUGCCAAAAUUUCAAGGGUUAGGGUUAAAAGAUACUGGAUAGAACACAAUGUUAGUAGUAUUGUAAAUAAUUAUUUUUCCUUUAUGAUAGAAUUUUGCUAGUUUGUGUCAGUUAUUUCCUUCAAGAAAAGACUUAGUUACACAUACUUAUGACAGUCGAUUGUUUUUAGUAUGUAGAUUAUUGUCACGUACAGAUUGUUUUUAGAUUUUGGUUUUAUUAUUAUAAUUCUAGUGUGGAUGGGUUCCUCGGUCAGACCUGGUUUUGAAUCCUGGCUGUAUUAUUUAUCAGCUCUGCUGCUUUGGGCAAGUUACUUAACCUUUACAAGUUUCUGUUAUAUCAUCAGUAAAGUAGAUAUCAUCAUAAUAGCUCCCCUGUAGGGUUGUUUUGAGGUUUAAAUAUAAAGUUCCUUGUCAAGUACUGGCACAUAUGUAAGUGCAUAGGACUAAAAAAUAGCUUCAUUUGCCUUCUCAGGAAAUAGAAACUAAAUUAUAGAUUAGCAUUCUUGGCUACAAGCAACAAAAACCGUCUUUGGCUAAGUAAAGCAUAAGAGAAUUUAUUGGAAGGAGCCAAGGUAGUCUAUCCACAGGAAUGAAGGAAGAAUUGAGCAUUUUGGCCUGAGGAGGGUAGGAGUUGGACCAGCAUCAGAGAUCUAGUUAGUGGGACACAGUGAAGAGACUCUUGAGGGUGUGACUGUUAGAAUGCUUCAACCAGUUUUCCCUCUUUGAGAGACUCAGCUUAAGGUCCAGGUUCCUAGGAAAGAGGUAAUGGUCUCAACUUGGGUAGCAAGGCACUUUGGUUGACAGUUUGGCGAUCCCAUCAAGACUGCAGUGGAGGGGCAUAAAUUGGGAGUUUGAGAUUUGCAGAUACUAACUACCAUAUAUAAAAUAGAUAAACAGCAAAGUCCUACUGUAUAGCACAGGGAACUCUUUCAAUACCUUGUAAUAGCCUAUAAUGAAAAAGAAUAUGAAAAGAAAUAUUUGUACAACUGAAUGACUGUGCUGUAUGCCAGAAAUUAAUAUAACAUUGUAAAUCGACUAUACUUAAAAAAAAAAAAUAGACUGGGAGAAGGAAAGGCUGAACAAGAAGAUGGACAUAAUAGGACAACGGGAACAGGUUGGCCAGAAGGUUGACACUGAUAUUGGAGGAAUAUGUCAUCAGCAGGAGUUCAUGGUCACAGAUACUAGUGAAAAAAAAGGAGCUUAAACAGAACCGAAGUCAGGAAAUUGAUGACCAUCAACAUGAAAUGUCAGUAUUGCAGAAUGCACAUCAACAGAAAUUGACAGAAAUAGCUCGUCGGCAUCGAGAAGAACUAAGUGACUAUGAGGAACGAAUUGAAGAACUGGAAAAUCUGUUGCAGCAAGGUGGCUCUGGGAUUGCAGUAACUGAUCACUCUAAAAUCCAUGAGAUGCAACAGACUAUUCAAGUUCUACAAACUGAAAAAGUAGAGUCUACAAAAAAAAUCUCAGAACUUGAAGAUAAAGUAAAAGACAUAAAUGAAAAAUUAUCUUCUGCAGAAAAUGACAGAGAUGUUUUGACGAAGGAACAAGAAAGACUAAGUAUGGAAAACAAACAAAUACUUGGAGAAUGUGAAAGGUUGAAACUGGAAUGUAGUGAAUUGCAGCCUUAUGCUGUGAAGCAGAAUGAUGCUGUGAGAGGAAGGGAAAGAGGUUUUCCACAGAGCACAUCAGGACAAGAAGAAGUGUUCAGACUGCAGCAAGCGCUGUCUGAUGCUGAAAAUGAAAUAAAGAGACUGAGUAAUUUAAACCAGGAUACCGGUCUUGGUGAAGACAAUAUGAAACUUAAAAUGGAUGUCCAAGUUUUAGAAAAAGAGAAUUCAUUAUUGAAUCAAGAAAAGGAAGAACUCCAAGUAUCACUUUCAAAAUUGAAUGAUGAGUAUGAAGUAAUUAAAAGUAAGGCUAUGAGAGACAUAGACUUGGAUUCAGAAUUACAUAAUUUAAGACUUAAUUUGGAAGCAAAGGAACAAGAACUAAAUCAGAGCAUUACUGAAAAGGAAGUGCUAAUAGCAGAGUUAGAAGAAUUGGAUAAACAGAACCAAGAGGCUACAAAGCACAUGAUUUUGAUCAAAGAUCAACUAUCAAGACAACAAAGUGAGGGAGAUAAUGCCAUUAGUAAGCUGAAAAAAGAUUUAAAUGAUGAAAAAAAGAGAGUUCAUCAACUGGAAGAUGAUAAAAUGAACAUGACUAAAGAGUUAGACAUGCAGAAAGAAAAAUUAAUUCAAAGUGAGCUGGUUCUAAAUGAUUUACAUUUAACCAAGCAGAAGCUUGAAGAUAAAGUAGGCGAUUUAGUAGAUCAGCUAAAUAAAUCACACACACAGAAUUUAAACAUCCAGAAGGAGAACUUUGAACUCCAGGAACAUAUUAAGCAAAAGGAGGAGGAGCUUUCUAGAGUCAGGGAAGAGUUAACUCAGUUUCUUCAUCAAGACUCUAACAGUAAUUUUAAAGAUGACUUACUUAAAGAAAGGGAAGCUGAAAUCAGAAACUUAAAGCAAAACCUUUCAGAAGUGGAACAGCUCAAUGAAAAUUUAAAGAAAGCUGUUUUUGAGCUCAAAACAGAAAACGGAAAGUUGAAUUUAGCUUGUGAAGAUGUAAGACAUCAGUUGGAAGAAUCUACUGCUGGUAACAGUCAGGCUUCUCUGGAUAAAGAUGCUAUUGUGAAGGCUGUAAAACUGGAGAAACGACAGUUAGAAGCAGAAUUGUGCUGGGCUGAAAAGAGGCUUUUGGAAGAAGCAAGCAAGUUUGAGCAAACCAUCAAAGAACUGUCAGAGGCAAGUAAUUUGAGCACCUCUGCUUUACAGCUGGAACAUGAGCGUUUAAUUAAACUCAAUCAAGAGAAAGACUUCGAAAUAGCAGAACUCAGAAAGAAUAUUGAGCAGAUGGAUACUGAUCACAAAGAAACUAAGAAAGUUUUGUCAUCUAGUUUAGAAGAGCAGAAGCAAUUGACCCAACUUGUAAGUGAGAAAGAAAUUUGUAUUAAAAAACUUAAAGAGAGGGGCUCAGAGCUUCAGGAUGAGUUAGAUAAAUUGACUCAGGUCUUAAAGAAAAAUGAAAUUUUGAGGCAAACCAUAGAGGAAAAAGACAGAAACCUUGGAUCAAUGAAAGAAGAAAACAAUCAUCUGAAAGAAGAGCUGGAACGACUCAGGGAACAGCAGAGUCGCGCAGCACCUAUGGCUGAGCCCAAACCUAUUGAUAGUAUUACAGAACUGGAGUCUGAGGUGUCUCAGCUGAAUGUUAUAAAGGAUAGUCUUGAAGAGGAAAUAAAACAUCAUCAAAAGAUAAUUGAAGAUCAAAACCAGAGUAAAAUACAGCUGCUUCAGUCUUUACAGGAGCAGAAGAAGGAAAUGGAUGAGAUUAAAUACCAGCAUGAACAGAUGAGUGUCACACACACCCAGCUCUUCUUAGAGAAAGAUGAGGAAAUUAAGACUUUGCAAAAAACAAUCGAACAAAUCAAAACUCAGUUGCGUGAAGAAAGACAAGAUGUUCCAACAGAGAAUUCCGUUAUUUUUCAAGAAACAAAAGUUCAGGGCCUUAAUAUAGAAAAUGGGAGUGAAAAGCACGAUUUAUCAAAAGCUGAAACGGAAAGAUUAGUAAAAGGAAUAAAAGAACGAGAAUUGGAGAUUAAACUUCUAAAUGAAAAGAAUAUAUCUUUAACAAAACAGAUUGACCAGCUGUCCAAAGAUGAGGUGGGUAAACUAACUCAGAUUAUCCAGCAGAAAGAUGUGGAGAUUCAGGCUCUUCACGCGAGAAUCUCUUCAGCUUCCUACCCCCAGGAUGUUGUUUACCUUCAGCAGCAGCUGCAGGCCUAUGCUAUGGAACGGGAGCAAGUGUUAGCUGUGUUGAGUGAGAAGACUAGGGAAAACAGCCAUCUGAAAACAGAGUAUCACAAGAUGAUGGAUAUAGUUGCUGCCAAAGAAGCAGCUCUCAAUAAGCUGCAAGACGAAAAUAAAACAUUGUCCACUAGAUUCGAAAGUAGUGGCCAAGAUAUGUUUAGAGAAACAGUUCAGAAUUUGUCACGUAUUAUUCGAGAAAAAGACAUUGAAAUAGAUGCAUUAAGUCAGAAAUGUCAGACCUUAUUGGCAGUCUUGCAAACAUCCAACACCGGUAAUGAGGUUGGAAGCGUUAACAGUAAUCAGUUUGAGGAGCUUCUGCAGGAACGCGAUAAGUUGAAACAGCAGGUAAAGAAGAUGGAAGAGUGGAAGCAGCAGGUGAUGACGACGGUGCAGAACAUGCAGCACGAGUCAGCUCAGCUCCAGGAAGAGCUGCACCAACUUCAGGCACAAGUUUUGGUCGACAGUGAUAAUAACUCUAAAUUACAAGUGGACUAUACUGGCCUGAUCCAAAGCUACGAGCAGAAUGAAACCAAACUCAAAAAUUUUGGUCAAGAACUAGCUCAAGUUCAGCACAGCAUAGGGCAGCUUUGCAAUACCAAAGACCUUCUUCUAGGAAAACUCGAUAUUAUUUCACCUCAGCUCUCCUCUGGAUCGUUGCUUACUUCCCAGUCAGCAGAGCCUCCUAGAGCUGGUAAGUCUGAUGUAUCGAGUGAGUCUUCUAAACAAGAAAUAGAAGAGCUAAGAAAAUCACUGCAGGAAAAAGAUGCGACAAUUAGAACUCUCCAGGAAAAUAAUCACAGAUUGUCUGAUUCGAUUGCUGCGAACUCAGAGCUAGAAAGACAAGAACAUGAACAAACCGAUUCAGAAAUUAAGCAACUGAAGGAGAGACAAGAUGUUUUACAAAAGUCACUAAAGGAAAAAGACCUCUUAAUCAAAGCCAAAAGUGAUCAGUUACUUUCUUUAAAUGAAAAUAUCACAAACAAGGUGAGUGAAAAUGAACUUUUGAGGCAGGCAGUAACAAACCUAAAGGAGAGAACACUAAUUUUAGAAAUGGACAUUUGUAAACUGAAAGAGGAAAAUGAAAAAAUAGUGGAAACUUCCAGGGAAAAGGAAACAGAGUAUCAAGCAUUGCAGGAGACUAAUAUGAAGUUGUCUAUGAUGCUGCGAGAAAAAGAGUUUGAGUGCCAUUCGUUGAAGGAGAAGGCUCUUGCUUGUGAGCAACUACUGAAAGAAAAAGAGCAGGGCAAGACUGGAGAAUUAAAUCAGCUUUUAAAUGCGGUUAAGUCUAUGCAGGAGAAGACAGUUACGUUUCAGCAGGAGAGAGAUCAAGUCAUGUUGGCCCUGAAACAGAAACAAAUGGAAAACACUGCUCUACAGAAUGAGGUUCAACAUUUACGUGACAAAGAAUUACGCUUAAACCAGGAGCUAGAGAGAUUGCGUAACCAUCUUUUAGAAUCAGAAGAUUCUUAUACCCGUGAAGCUUUGGCUGCAGAAGAUAGAGAGGCUAAACUAAGAAAGAAAGUCACUGUAUUGGAGGAAAAGCUAGUUUCAUCCUCCAAUGCAAUGGAAAAUGCAAGCCAUCAAGCCAGUUUACAGGUAGAGUCAUUGCAGGAACAGUUGAAUAUGGUAACCAAGCAAAGGGAUGAAACCUCACUGCAGCUGUCUGUGUCUCGGGAACAAGUAAAGCAGUAUGCUCUGUCACUCUCCAACCUGCAGAUGGUCCUGGAGCACUUCCAGCAAGAGGAAAAAACCAAGUACUCUGCUGAACUAGAAAAGCACAAACAGCUCAUUGCUGAAUGGAAGAAAAAGGCAGAAAAUCUGGAAGGAAAACUGGUGUCAUUACAGGAGCGUUUGGAUGAAGCAAAUGCUGCGCUGGAUUCAGCAUCAAGACUGACAGAACAGUUAGAUUUAAAGGAAGAACAAAUUGAGGAACUUAAAAAACAAAAUGAGCUCCGACAAGAAAUGCUGGAUGAUGUACAAAAGAAACUGAUGAACUUAGUGAACAGCACAGAAGGAAAAGUGGACAAAGUCCUAAUGAGAAACCUCUUCAUUGGACACUUCCACACACCAAAAAAUCAGCGUCAUGAAGUGUUACGAUUAAUGGGAAGCAUCCUAGGUAUCAAAAAGGAGGAAAUGGAGCAGUUGCUUAAAGAAGAUCAGGGUGGUGUUACCAGGUGGAUGACUGGGUGGCUUGGAGGAGGAUCAAAAAGUGUCCCCAAUACACCUUUGAGACCAAAUCAGCAAUCUCUGCUUAAUAGUUCUUUUUCAGAACUCUUUGUUAAAUUUCUGGAAACGGAAUCUCAUCCAUCUAUUCCACCACCCAAGCUUUCUGUUCAUGAUAUGCAGCCUCUAGAUUCGCCAGGAAGGAGAAGACUAGAUACAAGUGGACCAGAAAGUUUUAAAGAGACAGUGGAAUCCAGGUCUGGUAGAAGAACAGAUGUGAACCCGUUCCUGGCUCCCCGCUCUGCGGCCGUGCCUCUUAUCAACCCAGCUGGACUUGGACCUGGCGGGCCUGGGCAUCUUCUUCUGAAGCCCAUUUCAGACGUACUGCCCACAUUUACACCUUUGCCAGUGUUACCUGACAACAGCGCUGGAGCUGUGUUAAAAGACAUUUUAAAGCAAUAGAUGAUUCUCAAGCCAGAGAUGACUUACAUAGCACUUUAAAAAGGAACCCUGAACACUAUGUGUAUGUACUUUAUCACAAAGUGGCCUUUUGGAAAAAGUCAUGUAUUUGUUUGCAGUUGUACUUUCUCUCACUUUAAUAAAAAUAUUCUUAAUGCUUUUAGAAAUUGCAGGUGUCACAGGAGGAAGUGUGUGCUAUAUUAUCUACUCUUCUUUCCUGUCUGAUCUGACCUAAUUUAAGCUAGAAACAUUCUAUCUUUUAAUAUUAAUUUACAAAAAUAAGAAAAAUAAAAAGAUGAAAAUACUGGUAGCUAUAUAUAUAUCAGCUCUUUAUUUUCUUUUUAAGCUCAUUUUUCAAGCUCAUUUAAGCUAGAGAUGUGUUUUAUCCUUUAAAGAUAAUCAACAGAUUUACAAAAAAGUAAAAGGAAAGAAGAAAAUAGUAGCAGUGGCUUACCUGCGUAGUGCAAAAAAUUGAUCUAAAGCAUGUAUAGUCAUCUUUAGAGGACUUGGUAUAGACAGGCCAAGAACAGGGGUGUCCCUGGGAGGUCACAGGUGUCCUGAGAUGGGAUGUGUGUGUAUUUGGUUCUGUGCUGUUUCAUCACGUGUAGAUUCGUGUGGCCACCAUAGUACAGAGACAGAGCAGUCUCGUCGGGGAGCCCUCGUGCUUCACCGUCAUGGUCACCUCCCUCUGGCGACCACUCACUGCGUGCCUCCUCUAUAAUUAUGACCAUUCAAGAGUGCCAUUCAAUGGAAUCAUAAGUAUGUAAUCUUUUGUGAUUGGCUUUUCUCAGUAUAAUUCCCUUGAGAUCCUUCUAAGUUGCUCAGUGUAUCGGUAGCUUGUUCCUUUUUACUCUUCAGUACAUACUGUGAAUAUAUGAUUUAGUUUUAAGAGCUAAGGUAUCUCUUUAAAGAUACCAUCUUAAAACUAAAUGUUUCCACACACCUACACACAACUUUCAUCUAAGUGUUAAAUUGUACAUCUGCAUUUCCAUAACUAUAAUUAGCCAUAUCACUAGACACGACCCCUCCUGCCUCUGAGGUGUUGAAAUGAGAGGUACAGCCAUGCAGGAAUUGUCCAUUUUCACCCCCAUGGUCGCUGAGGCUGGUGAAGUGAUUUCAGUAAUCACUUCAGCAACACCAGCACCAGGUGUUUGAAACUUAACGGUCACGGGAUAUUUCUUUAAUUUUUUAUAAUCCCCUCAGAAAAAUCCUAACUUGGAAUUUAUUUCAGGAUGUUCAUGUUUGUAUUAGUUGUUGAAGUUGUACAUUUCAAGACAUUUCUUGCAAAUUUUGUAAAUUUCGAUAUGCCUUUAAAAUAGAAACAUCUGUAUAAUAAGGAAAGAUGACAAUGAUACUAAUCCAAAUAUGUAAAUAGGCCUGGCUCUGGCCACAGCUGAAUUUGGUUAUUUGUAAAUUUUGCUGUGACUAACUGUAUACUUAGUACUGUAUUUAGAGGAUUGAAAGUCUUUAUGUGUUGAUGGAUAAAACUUGUUUUUCCGAAAAAUCUAGUAACUGAGACAUUGCUGCUUCAGAACAUCACCUGUCUCCUUAGCUAAUUUAUUUAUAUUGCCAUCCUUUACUUAGUAUACUUUAAAGGAAGACAUCAUACAAGUUCUAUAUUAGAACUGUCAAACUGCCUCCCAUCUGUUUUGCCCAUUAUUAUUUCUCUAUGAAGUUAUUACUCUUAGAUUUUAUAAGAUCCCUUCAAAGAUACUUUUACUGACCAUCCUAAAUUAUUUGCUACUUGCCAUUGAAGAUUCAUUUCAGUGUGGAGCAUCUGAAAUAAAAUUUUCUAAUUAAAAAAAAAGACACAUGAUCCUUCAUUUUGAAGAACUAUAGAUGCAAAAAGAUGUCCUCUUUUAAUCUGAAAAGGAGAUGCAUGGUGUGGGUAUUUAAGUAGCAUGUCAUAUUUUAAAUGCCUUUUAUGACAUUUUAGGUUUUUCCCUCCCUGCUCAAAAUUGUCCCUCCCCCACCCUAUAGUUUAACAUAAGUUUGAAAGCUGUUAUGGGUGGAUUGCACGUUGAAACAUCCCAACACGACCUUCCACAGCUGCUAUUUUUAAAAAGUAUGUGACCUUGUCCUAACGCUGUGGUACCUAAUGUUUCAAUUGUAUCAUCAUUGAAACUAUAGCUCACUGGUCUGCAUACUAAGUGUUUGUUGAUCUAAACCAGACGGAACUCAUCUACUUUUCUAAAACUAAGUGUGUCAGAGAUGAACCAUCUGCUCAAGGCAUCUUCUUGGUAACCAUGCAGUGAUGAAGCAUAAUUUUUAAUGUUAGCAGUAGGACAUUGCUAACAGUCAUUUUACUGCAAUAUUUUCACUACAGUAAUUCUACUGUUUACUUCUCUAUAAACUUACUAAAAUUUGUGGUUGAAUGUUGCCAUUGCUGCCAGUUUUUCACAACAUUCCUAAUGGCUUUCAACUGUUAUGCUGUAGUAGAAAAAUUCAUUGUCUUUGGAUUUGAUUUUGGUAUAAUCCUGUAUCUCAUAGUUGCUUGAGUUUUAGUUCCUGCCAUUAUUGAGUUAAGAGAAAAAACAAAAACAAAACUCAACAACAAAAACAUGGGGAGAAAGGAAUGACUUUCUUAAAACCAGCCAAUUAAGAUAGUAAAUAUCCCCCCAAAUAAAGCCUCCAGUUUAUUUUAACCUUGUAAUGGAUAAUUGAAAGGGGGAAAAAGUCCAAAUACUUUUCUAAUCAGUAGAUAGAACAUGUCUUCAGGGGGAAGAGAGUAAUAAUUAUUGAUAAAAUGCUGUUCUGUGUCAGACCUAAAGCAUUUGAAUUUGAUUUUUAAAGCUAAUGAUAUUUUUCACAUAUCAAAUAAUUUAAAACAUCUUCCAUCAACAAAAUUUUAUCUUUAAUUUUGUAAAUAUCAAGUAAGUAUAACAUUCAUUUUAUAUAUUCCUAUGGAAAAAGUAAUGGUACUUUUAGUGCUCUGGCAUUUGUGAUUAUUUGCCAUUCUUUACUUUUUAACUUAUUAAGGUUUCUCUACUUAAAACUGAUAAGUUGUCUUUUGAUUUUUAGAGAAAUACCUUGUGGGAAAUUUACAGCUCAACCUUAGUAUUGAGUUGUGUUUUAUAGAGCAAAGUCGACGCAUUUCUGAGUUUCUCAGGAGUGCUGCAAGACAGAAAAAUACUCCAAAUAAAAAUGAUAUAUGUAAGUUGGCAAUGUCUUCAUCCACAAUAAAAAAAAACUUUUUUAGCAAACA